CCUUCUUGCAUAUAUCAUAUUAGGUGUGCAGCGUUUUUCAAGUUUCAGAAUCAAAGAGCUGAGCAGACAUUCCAACUGGUUGUCAUGGCGUCGUCUUCUAUUGCUGCAUUGCCCUCUGCAACUCUAGUUCCUUGCUCAAGGUGGUCGACCCAACAACUGAAGACAGCUCCCCAUGGACUGCCAGAGCUGCUGAAACCGUGUCACUGUGUGCGGCGUCCUCGCUGCAUGCCAACAGCACCCAAGGCUUCUUAUGAGGAGCCUCCUCUGGGGCGAAGGGAUGCUCUUUUUGUGGGGGUUGCCGGAGCUGCGCUGAGCGCCCUGGUGGGGGCUGCAGUGAUGUUGCAACCGGUGGAUGUGGCGCAAGCAUACCUGGGUGGCGGCCCCUAUGGCCGGCAAGUAACGCGGGGCCAGGACCUGAGUGGACAGGACUUCAGCAACCUGGACCUGACGGGCCAAGACUUCAAAACAUCCAUCCUCCGGCAGACUACCUUCAAGAACUCAAAGCUAGCAGGGGCGAGUUUUUUUGACGCUGACCUGGCAGGGGCUGACUUCUCGAACACUGACCUUCGUGGGGCGGACUUUUCGCUCUGCAGAGCGACCCAGGUCAAUUUCACUGGUGCCAUCUUUGAGGGCGCAACUGUGACUGGCAACACCCAAUUCAAAGGCUCCAAUGUAACGGAUACAGAUUUUACAGAUGUCGGGCUUCGAACCGAUCAGAGGAAACUCCUGUGCAAAAUCGCUUCCGGGACGAACCCAGUUACCGGAGUGGACACAAGGGAGUCUCUCCUUUGUGGCGACUAGGUGCACGUGUUGAGUUGACAUAGUCAACAAUUUUGUCACAGUUUGGGAGUUGAGUACAGUCGUAGCUCAACAUAAAAGCCAUGACAGGCGAGCUGUAUAGCGAGUUGAAAUUCGAAACUUUUGUAGCACGAUCGAGUGCAUCUGCAAGAGAAAGCUAGUGCAUGGCGAAGGGUGUGCGCGCGCAGCUGGAAUAAGAUCAUUCAACGGGCACCGUUGCAUGCCAAUGGACGCUGCAUAUCAACCUAGCUGUGCAACAGGUUUGCACAUCAAUUGGUCAUAGUCGAUGGCAAGGCUAGUGCAUAUGGCCGCAGUUCCUACACAGAUACAUUCCCCAGUACUCAUUGUUGCCAGGAUGGUCAAUAUGUACAUAAGUUUGCCUGUCGGCAUGCAUGGAU